CUUUGGUCCACUACUGCCUCUCCCAUGAAGAAACACGAUACACCGACAGACACCCUCACCCCUCAACGCAAACACAGAAAGCUCCUCAAGGACGGCAGCGGCGUCGAGGUAUGGCCAGAGAGCAUCGAGAAGACCUUUGUCCAAGGUCUCAAAGAGUACUGGCAGUCGCCCUAUGCAACUUACUCUCAGUCCAGGGGUAGAAGUCGAUGGAGAAACCAGUUUCUCGUCGACUACCUGCAGCGCCAUGGCAUUCAGCGCACCAAAAAGCAGGUUGCGAGCCAUAUACAGGUCCUGCGGAAUAUGUGGAAGGGUCAGCCAGAGUUCCACCUAGUCGCUGGAGGCGACGAGAUAGUCGAUCCAGUGACCCAUAUACCCAUCAAAGAGGAGGCAGACUCUAACCAUCUCGUCUCCCUCGACUGGGAAGAAUCUUCCUCCCACUCGGCAUCCCCGGACUUUUCGCCUCCCGACUCGCAUUCAGACUUUCCUUUGACACCUGAGCAGCGCCCCAACCUCUAUCCCUCCGACUCUCCCUCUGGCCUCGCUGCGAUCAAACAAGAGAGUAGUCCAGGAGGCCUUUACUUCCUUUCAAGUCCUUCGACAUCCCCUUACAACGACUACACUCAUGCCCUCCCCACCGAGUAUUCUCCCACCAACCCCGCUACCUAUAAGCAACUUCCGCCUCAAUUCACCGGAUAUCCAUACACCGCACCAGCUGCCUCUCCGGCUGCGACGUCAUUCUCGCAAAUAGUGCAGAACAGGAUUACGACAUUCUUUCUCUGCGCCGAGGGCAUGACACCAUUCUCUGUCAACGUCGAUGCUCUCGCUCAGACUGCACCAUCCACUCGGCAGGCUUUCACCCUACGAAUUAAGCUUUCGGUGCCGUUGUUGAACGACGUCCGCAGUCCAUCAACUCUCCACGGAUUCAACGCCAGCGUCAGUGUGGCAAACGUAUGGAGCAACUCUGCCAAGUGUACAACAAAGGUCUAUGCCGCGAACAAUUUGGUAUCCGAGGAGCACGACAAUCUCCAAGUGUCUCACAUCAACGCCAACGGCACAGUACAUGCUCUGUUCCCUGAUUCGUCCUUGACCCGUUGCCGGUGGCUUGAUCACAACCUGCCAACCACUGUGACGCAGGAAUUAGCCGUCGAUGAUCAGGUCCUUCUCUUCCUGAUCUACGAAUUGGAUCGCAAAAACGGUCCAAUGCCCUGCUCCGAGUUUCUCGGUUUCCAGCACUAUAGAAUGGCGGAGAAGCCUGCCAACCCCCAAUCUACGUCCCUUUACACCUCCUCGACCUCUCGCCGCAUGUCUCAGCAGCUUUCGCCUGUCGCAAAUCCUUACUCAAUACCACCGCGUUAGUUUUCGUUCGCUUUACACGGCAUUUUUCUAUCUGCUUGGGCUGGAGUUUUAAUAUGUUUAUUCGCUAUUGUAUCAUAAUGUGUUCGGUGUUCGAUUUGCGGUUGGUCGCGAUUCGCAUACCCAGUUGACGAUUUGACGAUCUCCUAUCAUUAUUAACUUUGAAGGACUCUGCUUUACUUAUCCUCUUUUGUUGUAUACCGUUGACGGCUGCCUAUUAACCUUGGGAUCUUCGACUCAUAUAGCACCACUGUAUCAUUCCCCUCUCAUCCAUACAUCC